AUGAGAAAUGUAUCCACACGCUGUUGCAGCAACAACAACAACAAAAUCAAUAGGGGGAUUGCUACUGUUAAGGGCCCCGAUGGUGGAAUGCCCUUCUCUGACAUCUUACUGGAGAUACGACGUCGUUUGCGGUACCAAAAAGGUCUGAGCGCCACAAGAAAGGAAAGUUUGUUACGUGAAUGUCAUCACUUUGCGGCAAUGGAGCAGGCGAAAGGAAAAGGAGCUUCCUUCAAUCACUCACGCCUUGUUUCCAGCCCAACAGGGAUACAGCACACCACCCGUAGGAAUAGCAGUCAUGGAGGCCGCAAGAAAAACUCCUUGUUUCAUGUUCUUCGACGCAUGGCCGAGUUCAUUGCAUCCACAGGAGAGUACGGUGAUCCUCUUGUUCCCCUGCAGGGCGGUUAUGAGCAACUGACGCCGGCAAACGGACUUCGGCGGAGUGAGCUUGUGCUGCGAUACACGGAGGCCGCAUUGUCCAUUUCAAAUGACCGGAUGGCAUCUAUCGUGACGCUUGCGUUUGGUCGAUGCUCCCACGAUGACGAAAAUAUAACAUCAUUGGGCACAGAUGCACUGCCGUUGGACUCCGGAAGUGAGAAUAUGCCGAUGAAUGGAGAGGAGGAGAAGGAGGAGACCUCGUUUUCUCUGACGCGAGAUGACGAUGAUGACGCAGCGGCUCCGUUUACUUCACUGGAGGCGGUGGCGUUGCUACGGUGGUGCGCGUGGCACAUGCGAACCGCAUUGAACGGUCUGCAGGAUAACGGGCCGCAGUUGAUGGAGUGCAUUCAGCUAGCGGUGACACUGAUGUCACGAUUUCUACGCUUUAUAGUUGACAUUGGGUUGCAGGGCGGUGCCGUGGAUAGUGCCGUGGAUGAGCUGGAGCUGAGUGACAUGGGGUACGCUGUAGCCGACCAGGUGUUGUUAUUGCUUUAUUCUUGCGCGCCUCUUCGUGCCCGUGGUUGCUUUCCGUCAUUUUCCUUUUUUCCAUCGCUUGCUGUGGGAUCAUUUCACGAGGACAAUGACGGAAGCGGCACCAACCGUUUGUGUCUCGGGGAAGCAGCUUGGGCGGGUGGUGACGAUGAGACCUGCGGUGGACAUGAUGGCAAUCAUCAUCGUCAUCAUCAUGGUACAAGUACGGCCGCUGAUGACAGAUGGCGCAGCCUGCGCAUCUCUGAGGACGCUCAACAGGCCUUUCUCUGCAGCCAACGAGAGCGAUGGGAGCGUGCACUGAAGUUUUUGCUGCGAACACAGCGUUGGAAUGAAUGGGUGGAUGCAAGUUUAGAUACGCCUCCACCUGCGGAGAAAAAUGAAGAAGAGAAUGAGACGCUUGCGGCGGAGGAGUUGCGAACUCUCUUGGCAUUACCAAUGUCUGUCCUUCAGACGCUGAAGUAUGUCCUUGCGCAGCACGGUCAGUGGGGCAUCUGCAGGGCACUAUGGAAGGAGACGGUGCGCAAACGUUUUCAAGAGACACCAUCCUUGUCUACUUCUACCGACUCGUCGCUUUCGCCGUUUGCGGCAUUGCAUCAUCCUUUCAAUGUUGAUAAUAUCAUCACUGCACUGGCUUUUGUAAAUGCGAGGCCGUCUUUAUCGUCAGCGGCGGCGACAGAAGGGACGAAAGACGCCCCGGAUCUUUCGGCGAGACUGCUGCGGCUACUGCUGCAAUUGGGUGUUGUGCCAAACCGUCCUCUUUCCGCCGCGGAGUUUGCAGCACUCCUGCGGCAGUCAUUUGGACUUCCGUUGGGUUGUGGCCCUGUGGAGGGAAUUUUGUCGCCGUCGUUUGUCUGGCGCCGAACGGCAACACAUCCACACCGUGUUCGCGCGACACUGUGCAUCCUCUGCUUUCAGCUCGUCGUCAAGUGUGGGUUGACCCACACGUUGGAGGUGGAGGAUUUGUACGUCGUGACGAGCAUCUUGCGACAGUUCCUUCAAGGACAGUUUCGGCGAGGAGUCACUCGUGCCCCAGCCGCCGCCUCCGUCUCAGAGGAGGGAGGCGACGAGGGGGAGGAGGAGGAGGAGGAUGGUCGCUAUCGCAUCGGAGAGAAUCUUGCGGAAAAGGAUGGGGAGAGGGCAUUGGGGCUGCUUCCGGUGGCAUUUGCCGCUGCCACUCGUCGUACGAAGAUGAUAGCAGCGGAAGCCCAUAUUGUUGCCAUUACGGAGGUGUUUCUUGCGCGCCGACGGGAAAUUCUUCCUUUCAGGGAUGAGGAAGCAGAGGAGGGCGCCAAAAGGACGGGAACAAACAUGGAUCCACAAUUGGAUUCUCUGCACACCGCUGCGACCACCGUUGUUGUUGCUGCUGCUACUGCUGCUGCUGGCAAUAAUAGCAAGGAGAAAAGGACCAAUAAACGAAAAAGCCAAAGUGCUGUCAUACUUUCCCUUUUGUCGCGGGAGAUCAUGGCACUUAUGGCUAUGGCACCUUAUGGCAAUGCAGUUGGAAGAACAUGGCAAGUGGCGCUGUGCGCCAUCUCCAGUGAGGUUGAGCGGGAUGUCCUGGAUAACUGCUCUGUACGCGCUGUGGAGGGUCUUGCUAGUGCAAUGGCGAAGAGUGUGCUCGAGCCUGGUGGUAUUCAGCUUCUUGAGCCAAUUUUGCUUCUGGCACCGUAUUUGUCACCUUUUACUGUAAGCAAGAUUAUACAAAGCCCAGUGGGAAGUCUGCUCACGUGGGAGCAGUCUCUGAGGCUUCUUCCAUGCACACCAUGGGCCUCAAACAUACAGCGCCGCUUAUUGCGUCGUGUUGUGCAGGAGCGAGAUGCUAGCGAAUUACCCAGCGUGCAAGGUCUGAUACAAGCCAUCACACUUCCGCCCCGGCUACUGCAUGCUUACCCGACGCUUAUUACGGAUAUGCGCAUGUUAACAAUACUUGCCGAGCGAAACUGGUCCCGUGCGUUGGAGGCGUAUACAAGUUCCGAUUCUAGGGUACAAUGGGCCUGCGCACCUCACGUUAUGCGGCUAGCCAUCUUAGCGGAUGUGUGGCACUCUCCAAAUGGUAGUGGCUGCGAAGCGCUUCGUUCCGUGUUGUGGGUGGCCGUUAGGGCGAUUGGUGGGGAACGUGUCGCGGAAGAAGUCUUGCACGCCAGCCUGAGGCGCGGAAUGUGGGCCACCGGCCUUGCCUUUCACCAGUUACUUCAAACCGAGCAGCCGGAAAUGCUGCGGAAACACCACAGGAUAGAGGCGUACGGGGCCUUACUUUGCAAGGGUCUCUUGUCACAGUCUGCCUUGACCCGCACCAUUGCAGAGGUGCUGAAGUGGGCGAGGGGAGCGAAGUGGGCAGAGGCGUCCGAUGCAUUUAUACGCUAUGCGGAGGAGGGGAACUUGAGUUCAGGGCAAACAAUGCGGGAAUCGAGGGAAAUGGCUGUCGUUGGUGCGCCUCCGUCCAAUUGGGCUGCUCUGUUUCCCGCGAGUGUUCCUUCCCAAUUGUCACACAUUGCACACACCGUCCGCUACAGUAUGUUGUGCACUCCGGGCAGGUGGAAGCAUGCGUUGGCGUGGUUUCCUCCACACACUUUGCCUCUGCCAUUGCAUCACCGCCUUCAUCUGCAUUUGCUCACGGGAGCAGUGGCUGACUUCUCCGAGAAUGAGAGCGUGGAAAAUGCGAAUGAAGGAUCCGUUAUACACGGAGUCCAUGGGAAGGCAGAGACGGCAUCUCGUCUUCUUCCUUCACCAAUCUCCAUGUCGUUGGUACAGAUUGCGCUUCAAGAGAAGCUCCACCGCACAAGGAGACCCACAGAUGAGGCUUCGGCUGAAUCUGUCGAGCAAACCCUGCGGGUUCUGCAGAAGCGAGGCCAAUGGGAGCAGGCAAUGGUGGUAUGUGAACACGCUUUUGCUAACCGUCGCUUUCCGCACUCGUCCAGUUCUAUUUUGUUGGCCGCGUGUACCUCAUCAUGGGAAGUGUCGCUGAGUUGUUUCGCACACUUGACGGGGCGCAUGCGGCCUGAUGCAGCCACGGCGGCGUUAGCCCUCAAGGCAUGCAUCAAAGGUCAUCAGUGGGUGCUUGCCCUGCGCAUUUUUCGGCAAAGUGUGCUCACAUCCGCCACGCCACCCCCGCGAGUGGUGACUUAUGCCGUGAGAGCGGCACUGGUCUCUGGGGCGUGGCAGGCUGCUCUGCGUGUGGUGCGACGGUAUCAGGGCACCACCAGUCCUUUGCUGGCGAACACCGUUAUGCAGGCGUAUGUGCAUUCUGAAUGCUGGAAUGACGCGGUGGAAUACUUUUACGAAUGUGUGAAGCGCGGCAUAUGCCCAUUGGAUGAGUCGCUUGCGAUGGCCAUUACGGCCAGUCAGGCGGUGUCAGCGGAGUACCGUGACGCCGCGCGCGUCGUCGGGGCAAUCGCGUCCGCGCUGGAGGACUUCUGUCACGUGCACGGUGUGGUGCUGGAGCACGUGGUCGUGGUGUAUCGAGAGAUGUCCCCUGGGCCCAUUAUUUGCUCUGAUCCACACGUUUCCCUCGUCUCCCUCGCACGCACACAGCGCCUCUCCUGCCAUGAGUACUGCCGUGGAUUGUGGCGCGUGUGA